CUCGGACAACUUCACAUGGAUGAUCUGACCGUCGAAGAUGAGAAGAAGCCUUUCGAGGCCGAACACAACGAUGAAGAUGCUCAACCAGACCCUGAUGAGGAGCUAAUGUUGGACAAGGGAAACGGGAGAGUAUGGCUUGUCAAGAUACCUAAACAUCUCAUGGCCCGCUGGGCGGCCAUUGACGCAGAGGAUGUUCAUCUUGCCACAAUCCGGGUAUAUAAAAAUGCCGUCAGCCCAUCUGGUCGAUCCCCUCGCAUCUUCUUGUUCUUGCCGCCUGACCCGAAUGACACAACUUCACGGGAUCUUAGUCUGCCGGUCUUCUCUCCAGAUGCAGCUUUCAUACCUUCUGUUGAGGGGGGCAUGCAGGUAGACAGAUAUGAACUUGAAAUGGUCAACGAGGACGUUGAGAAUCAGCUGGUAGUCGCAGAACGUCCCAAAGACCCUGGACCUUCUGGACCAAACUCCGCCUCGUAUAACCCUCGAGCUAGAACAACCAUUCUAACGGGUCGCAUUAAACAUGAAUGUAAUUUGCGUCCUCUUUUCAACGAGUCAUACAGGCAACAAAUGCGCGAACGAACUCGAAAAUACAAUACCCCACGAAGGCAGAUCCUUAUGAUAGAAGAUGCUGGUGUUAGCCGCGGAGGCAUCAACAGGUUGAGCAGUGGAGUCAAUUCGGGAUCGUUUGCCAAUAUGAUUAAAUUUCGACCCAAACCUGCCAAGGGCACAUUUGAGCGUAUGGCGCGUAUGCCACGCAACCAACUGCUGGAUCUUCUCUUCACACUUUUUCGCGAGCAACCCCGGUGGAGCAUCAAGCCAUUGCGCGAGCGCACCCAGCAGCCCGAGGCAUAUCUCAAAGAGGUCCUUCUUUCUAUUGCUACCUUGAAUCGGAGUGGAGAAUACAAUGGAAUGUGGGAGCUGAACGAUGUGUUCGCCAAAGAUGGGAUGAAAGCCGAAAACGUCCCUGGGCCAAGUUCUCUUCCAGAAGGAGUCUCCGGUGAUAUGGGGGCGGAUGAAUAUGACGAGGACGAAGACGACGACGACGACAUGGAGGAAGUUUCAUAGGUUUGCAUCACAGACAGGUCUUAUCGCUUCUUCCGUGUAUAUAUAGCUGCCUUCCAUAAACGCGCGCAGUUAUUGAUCAGGUACCAAUUCAUCUGUGUAAAAACAGCAGAACUUGAUACAUAAUGCAAGAUUGAAGGCAGAGUUUCUAACUUCAAAGGCUGUUUUUUAUUUAUAACUCUUGACUCA